UCUUUUUAAAAUUUAUUCUCACAGGAUCAACUGAUGAAGGCCGUGGAGAUGAUUGAAACCCAUGUGGACGCUCAGUUACAGAAACUGGACAACAUGGACGAGGACGACUUCAUGGUCCUUCGCAGACAGCGCAUGAUGGAGUUGAAACAAAAGCAACAACAACAAAAAGAAUGGUUAGAGCAGGGCCAUGGCGAAUACACGGAGAUUGCUGGUGAACGAGAGUUCUUUGACGAGUGCAAGAAAAGCAAACGUAUCGUGUGCCAUUUUUACCGCGAGUCGACGUUCCGAUGUAAGAUUGUCGACAAACACCUAAAGAUUUUGGCUCCUCAACACUUGGAGGCCAGAUUCCUAAAGUUAAGCGUCGAGAAAUGCCCGUUCCUUGUGGAACGCUUGAAAAUCAAAAUCUUGCCCACCAUCUACGUUGUGGUCGAUAACAAGUCCGUCUGUCACAUCCGCGGUUUCACCGAGCUGGGUAACACGGACGAAUUUCCGACAGAGGCGCUGGAGUGGCGUCUGGGCCAGACGAAGGUGAUCGACUACGAAGGAGAAAUGCCUUCGGUAAUAGGCGGGCCUUUGAAACCCAAAGUUAAUAUCAAAAAGACAUCCAAGACAAUUCGGAACAACAAUGAUGAUGACUACGAUGACAGUGAAGACGAUUGGUAGCAGAUGUCAAAACCACCAGGUUUGGGGCACAUCUAAGGGGUGGGUCUGUCCUUCUCUCUUUCUCUCUCUCCCUUCUUAAUUUUUUUUCCUGUCCCCUUCCGUUACUCUGGGGUAGGCUCUGAUAAUAAAAUAUUACCAUUUGUUUCAUUUUUUAA